AUGGCAGUCUCUUCCGCAGAUACGCGCGACGGCUACAGCGCAAUGCGUGUGGAGUUGCCUGAGGAGAUCACUAUAGAUGGAACUCCCGACAGGGAGAAGAUGCAGGCAGAACUUGAGGAAUUGGUUCAACAAAAGGAUGACGAAGACUUUCGUGUCGACAUGCUGACCAGGGCUUUCAAAGCACGCAGAGCACCGCUUGAAGCUAAUUUGGACCUCGUUCGUCAACAGAUUCGUGAAGCAGAGGCCAUGUUGUGGCAGCACGACCACGGGGAGAUAGACGAUGCAACAGGCCCCAAGAGUUUGGCUUUUGUGCAUGGUCAUGUCUUUGGGGCUCUCUGCUCGGCGGUGAUCAUCGCGAACUUUGUCGUGAUGGUAGUGGAGUGGCAGUCAGCUGAGAAGCUCGGGUGGUUUGCCUGGGCUGAUGGCGCCUUUCUCGCUUUCUAUACUCUGGAGCUUGUUCUCAGGGCGACCUACUACCAGCGCGCUUUGAUCUUUGGUCACUGCUCCAUUGUGUGGUGGAACUGGCUGGACCUACUGAUUGUGCUAAGCGGCAUUAUCGAGCAGGUAGUCCUUCCUCUCAUCGGCAGCUCCUUUGGAGGUACGGUAAGCCUGAAAGGCUUAAGGGUUCUGCGACUGUUGAGAUUGUUGCGGGUAGCACGAGGGCUGAAGUUGCUUCGAAUCCUUGUGCAAUCAGACCUUUCCUGGACGCAGCACUCAGCUUUCGAGACGUUCAUGAUGGCUAUGAUUCUAUUGAAUGCCAUAAUUAUGUGGCUGGAGUUGGACUACCCUUCUCCUUACUGGCUGAUGCUGGAACAGGUGAUGUUGAUCAUCUAUACUUUCGAGCUCACGGUCAGGGUAGCCUAUCAUGGAUGUGAAUAUUUUAUUCAUGAAGAUUGGUUGUGGCAUUACAUGGACUUCAGCAUCGUCAUGCUCGGUGUGGUUGAGCAGUGGAUGAUUCCAACGUACCACUACAUACACGAGGCAUUACUGGGCUCCAGUGGAGCCUCGACAGUUGCAAUGCCCUUAAUGAAAAGCUUGCGGGUUGCUCGCGUGCUCCGUGUAUUGCGACUCGCUCGGCUGCUGAGAUCGGUGAAGCAGCUGUACAAGCUUAUGAACGGCGUUGUGGAGUCGCUUGCUAGUCUGGGCUGGGUCGUCGUUCUGGCCUUUCUGCUGCUGUAUUCAGCUUCUCUGGUGUUCAGAUGCUUGGUGGGUGAGGGUUACAUCUACGAUCAUCCUGAUGACAUGCCGCAAGAAGCGGUGGAGCUCUUUGGAACUGUCUGGCGGUCCUUCUUAGCCCUGUUCAAAUUGAUGAACGACGACCAGUCUGUUGUUGAGCCUAUCAUUACCACAAUAGUCGGGCAGAUCUUGUUCUACGUGUUCAUGAUGUUGUCGAACUGGAUGAUGCUUGCCAUCCUCACCUCUGUGAUCUCUGACAACAUGAUGCAAGCUUCAAGGGCAAAGGAUGAACUCGACCGCCAAACGGAAGCCCGGGAGACUCAGGCACACGCCAAGAAGCGGCUAAAUGCGAUUUUCCACAGGCUGGAUUCGGACAGUGACGGCUCGAUUUCUGAGGAAGAAAUGCUGCACCUCCUAAGUGAUCCGGAUCUGCUGGCUGAGCUCUGUGCAGCUUCUGGCCUGGACCCGGAGAACUUGUUGGAGAUGCUUUACUGCACCACAUACCGAACGUCCUCGAACGAGAAGGUGAUCUUGUACCGCCAGUUCCUGACGAUGUUGGCUGAUGUGGAGGAGCCUGCAAGGGAGCGUUCCAUCCUCAAACUCUUCGAAGGCUUGAGAUCCAUGGAGUUUCGCUUGGAGAAGCGAUUGAACGCAGCACUCCCCUUCCUGAACGUCCCCUCUCACGAGAUUGAUGAGCUGCCCUCGUUGGACCACGAGCUGCAGAAAACGCGGAUGCUCGAAGACUCACCAGCAAAAUCCCUAGCCCGCUCUCUGACAAGGAGGUUUGAUUCGGGGACGAAGUCGCAGUCUUCGGUGGGCCGUGCUGCUGAUUGA